AUUAGGCAGGGACUGGCCCUGCGACAACGCUUUGCGCCUUUCGGUCCGGGAUUACGGUGGCUGUUGACAAGCAUUUCAUCCAUGCAGUGAGAGCCGGCACCGCGACCUCGUUACCUCGCCUUUGUUCUCGCCGCGCCUUUCCCACGACUCUAGUGUUACGAAAAUACCACUUGCUUACUUACUCACCUAAUGACUUAUCGGUUUUGAGAAGGAGUUUUAUUCUUUUUUUCUUGUUUCGACCUCCCUUGCACAGACACUCCCUCCUAUCCUUCCGACUCACGCAACACCUCCAUCCUCGACUCCUUGAAUGAAACCGCAAAGUAACCAUGUCGCCAUCUACCGCUCACAUAUCGAGCCAGCUGCGGCAGUUGAUUUAUUAUCACCUCGAUAACAACCUGGUCCGUAACGCGCUUUUCCUGGCCGGCCGCUUGCACGCCUACGAGCCGCGCGCAUCGGAAGCAUCGUACCUGCUCGCCUUAUGCCAUCUCCAAAAUGGCCAGGUAAAAGCAGCAUAUGACUAUAGCAAGAACUUCGGAUCCCGCGGCACGCAUCUUGGUUGCGCAUAUGUGUUCGCGCAAGCUUGUCUGGACCUGGGGAAAUAUAUCGACGGCAUCUCGGCGCUGGAACGGAGUAAAGGCCUUUGGGCUUCCAAAAACCAUUGGAACAAGCACAGCGAGACGCGCAGACAACAUCUUCCGGAUGCGGCAGCAGUGCUGUGCUUACUGGGUAAGCUGUGGCACGCUCACAAUCAACACAAUAAGGCGGUAGAAUGCUAUGUUGAGUCGCUCAAGUUGAAUCCGUUCAUGUGGGACGCGUUUCUGGGUCUUUGCGAGACGGGUGUCAAUGUUCGAGUUCCGAACAUCUUCAAGAUGAACCCCGAGUUCCAUGCUCUAGUAUCAUCCUCCUCGCAAGAGGACCUGGACAUCCCCUCCGACAAGACGACACACAAUGGUGGCCCUUUGCAGCCACAGGCUAAAGCGAAUUCGAGCAUGGAUCCAUUUACGUCGUUAACGUCUCGAAGCGACACGACGGCCUCUCACGGUAGUUCGGCUCUAUGGGAAAAGCUGAAUGGGAGCACAGUCAGCGUGGCGUCAACAGGGACAGGCACGGCCCCAGCAGUUAGGGAAGGCACUGAGACGCCCGGAGGUCAAAGCAGCGAAUCCGAUGAGAUCCGUGGCCUCAACCGGACAGGGAGCGGCGAAGGUACGUGGGAGCCGCCAUUAGCGCCUGCUCGGAAGAACCGGACAAUCCAAGCCAUCGGAGUGGACCAUACCAUGGAUUCACCGCCAAAGAUGAAACCAACGGGGAUCAGACCACGAACGAGGACCCGCAUCGAGACAGAAGAGCAAAACGCGUUACAUCCAGAGAAAGACGCCAUCAACGGUUCUCGGGUGGGAGACCGCAAACGAACUGUCUCCGGCCAAGUGGCUCACCCUUCAGCGCAACCGCCUUCUGAGCCAGGGGCACCGCAACGGCGGAGCGUCCGACUCUUCAAUCAGAUCAAACCGACGACUAGCAAACUGUCUAAUACGGCGCUCGGAGCCAAGGAUGGUAGGGAGCUCAAGAAGGUCAAGGCCACUAGUACGAAGAGCCGCACUGCAACAGGCGCGAGUCUUAACCGUGUUGUGAGCGGCUCCCGAAAACAGUUGAACGAAAUUCAUGAUGGUGAAACGAGGGAGCAUCGGUCAGGCACUUCGGCGCCCAAUGGGGUACACCAUCCUCCCGUUAAGGGGACGUUACUGGAGAGGUCCAAGGCGAUGGAGGCGCUGAACUGGCUGCUAGAGCUCUUUUCGAAGUUGGCCUCUGGCUAUUUCGCGCUUUGCCGAUACAAGUGUCCUGAAGCAAUUCAGAUCUACACAGCCCUCUCCCAAGGCCAGCGGGAGACCCCCUGGGUUCUUUCGCAGAUCGGAAGGGCAUAUUACGAGCAAGCCAUGUAUUCCGAAGCGGAGAAGUACUUCAUCCGGGUCAAGACGAUGGCUCCUUCAAGGUUAGAGGAUAUGGAGAUCUAUUCGACGGUCUUGUGGCACCUAAAGAGCGACGUGGAACUGGCAUAUCUGGCCCAUGAGCUGAUGGAGAUUGAUCGCCUCUCCCCGCAGGCCUGGUGUGCUGUGGGCAACUCCUUCUCUCAUCAACGCGACCACGAUCAAGCCUUGAAGUGCUUCAAGCGUGCGACACAGUUGGAUCCUCAUUUUGCCUACGGAUUCACCCUACAGGGACACGAGUACGUGGCGAAUGAGGAAUACGACAAAGCCCUGGAUGCGUACCGACAUGGAAUCAGCGCCGACAGUCGGCAUUACAAUGCCUGGUACGGAUUGGGCACGGUAUACGAUAAGAUGGGCAAGCUUGACUUCGCCGAACAACACUUCCGCAACGCGGCCACGAUCAACCCGACCAACGCUGUGCUUAUAUGCUGUAUUGGUCUGGUCCUGGAGAAAAUGAACAAUCCCAAGACGGCUCUCAUUCAGUACGGCCGUGCUUGCUCUCUCGCUCCCCAUUCGGUUCUUGCUCGCUUCCGCAAGGCUCGCGUGUUGAUGAAGCUCCAGGAGCUGAAAUUAGCGCUCGCCGAAUUGAAGAUCCUCAAAGACAUGGCUCCCGACGAAGCCAACGUUCACUAUCUUCUGGGCAAACUGUACAAGAUGUUACACGAAAAAGCCAAUGCAAUCAAACAUUUUACCACCGCCUUGAAUUUGGAUCCCAAGGUAAGUCACCUCUUUGCUCCUGCUGGUCCCAAGCAAUGCUAACCCCGUACACUAGGCGGCACAGUAUAUCAAGGACGCUAUGGAAUCCUUGGAUGACGACGAUGAAGACGACGAGGAUAUUGCAUGAUUGUACCAUUGCCCCCGCGGUUUCCUGAAUUAUCCCUCCGAUACUCUCAUUUCCAUUCUUGUACCUUGUUAGUCUUGUCCUUCAGCCUGCGGUUUGUUUUCCGAACCCAAUUUGCGGCGUGGGAUCAUCAUUUGGGCGAGGAUCGGCGUUUGUGUUUUUCUUUUUCCUGGAUCAUAUUCGUGCAAGCAUCAGCAUUAUAAGGGCGUUUGCCGGUGGGUUGGUUAGAGGGCAUCUUCCUGCAUUGGGCUUUCGACGGGGUGUUGAGGCUCCUGGAUAUUGUAUCUUAGCGUCGGGGAGGAUGGAUGGAUGGUGGGUUGGGUUGAUUGCGAAACCCGAGAUAAGGACGCCAGAACGAUAGGGUCCAUGCACAUAAU